AUGUUCCUCAGGUGUUGGUGCCCGCUCUUUCGUGUUCGCCGGCUGUCGCUUUCUCCGUCGGCGUUGGUAUUGGAUUGCGUGGUGGAGUGCUUAGGGUCUAGCGACGAAGACAGAGAAUCUGGGAAUUACGACUCUGACACGAGCGCGCUGCUAGAUGAGGAGGUAGGCGACCUCGGUGCCCACAGAGGGACAUCUGCGGAGGCCGGCGAUGCUCCGUCUGGUCCCGAAGAUGUGGCGGAUCUAAUGCUUGGUCGCCUAGCUGGCGUGUUUGAACGUCAGAGUGACAGAGAGAGUGACAGUUCGUCGUCCAGCCCUGACUCCGCGUUUGAACAAAGCAUGGCGUCGCCCUAA